UAGCGUAUGACUGUGAUUAAAAUUAAUAACACGAGAGAUGAGUGCAAUGACGACUAAUUCCUGUGCGGUUCCGACCUGCAACACGGGUCGAAAAUUAGCGAAAGAAAAGAGCUCCGCGUUCAAAGUUCCAUCGAAUCGUGAACUGCGUGAAAAAUGGAUUGCUGCGAUUCCUGGAAUUUUUUACCUAAAUUCGUCAUAAUUUGUUUGUGAAAAACAUUUUCCGGAGCGAUUCAUCAGAAGGAAGUGGAUAAAAUAUGACGCAAACGGUCGCAUUAUCGCAGAAGCGCCGUAUUCCCGUGUUCGUCUCGACCCUUCGGCAGUGCUUUCUGAAUUUGACAACAUCAAUGAAUUGGGCAAUGUCAAUGUUGCCGAUGGCUUCAUCGAACAACACAAUAGGAAGGAGCACGAUUAUUGUGUCACGAAAGAGACUCCAACAGUUGAAGCGGAGAGUACACCGGUUGCCGUAGCAAUUGAAACUCCGUCACCUUCUGAUCACGACCCCAUUGAAAGAUCUUCCAUACAAGAUGUUUCAACCAACGAAAUGGCAUUGGAUCCCGUAUUGAAUGAUUCAGCUGAGCCGAUGCAGAAUGAACCAAUACAAGAUGUUCGCACCCCCCAAACGAGUGGCUGCAAAUUUAACUUUUCAGAAGUUACUUUAAGCUGUACUAUUGAAGGGAGCAAUGAAUCCAUCUUGAUACCGAAGUCGUGGACUGUUGGUGGAUUGAGCAUAGAUAACGCUGGUGUUCUUUUUUCAUACGCUACAUCUAAGGUCAACAACGGCGAAAAUGUACCGGUCAUACAAAGACUGGUCAAGCUGGACCCCAACAAACAGCUGCGUUAUUUUGUGUACGGGCGUGUCGUGGACGUGCAUGAAUGUAAACACCCGCAAGUCUUGGAUAGCAUGGACUUACUACCGCAAGCUUUGAAGAACUUCAAGAAUAUGAUUUUCUGCAAUGGUCUCGGCUCUAUCAACGAGUAUCAUCUGUCAUUAAACAGCGUCUUCAAAGAUGGCGUCGACCAUUGGCAUGCCCGAGAUUGCACUUUGAUCUCGAAAAGGAAAAGAUGUGCUUGCUGCAUUAAAAUGAGGGCUGUAGUCCUAAAGAGAGAAUCGAGAUCGAAAACGGAAAAAUCAUUGAAACGUGUCCAUCAAGCUUCCAACCCUAUUGACCAAAGGAAAGUAAACGCAUUGCGGAAAAGAAAUGAACGUAUCAGACGAAUUCAGCAAAGAACCCGCAAACGUAUCCACCUAUUGGAGGGAAGUUUGAAAGAACAAGCUGCUGAAAUUGCUCUCAUUCGUAAUCAAACUUUAAUCGAUAGAUGCUCAAAACUAAAAAUUCCAGCCACUCAACAGACUGCACUUCAGGAAAUAAUUGCGGCUGCAAGGAAGAACGGCAAGAAUCGUCGAUACGGGGAACAGUGGAUCAUGCUUUGUUUAUUGAUGAAUAUAAGGUCGCCGAGUUUUUACGAAUUCCUUCGCACGAACAGUGUUCUGUCACUGCCUUGUUCUCGAACCAUCCGCGAAUAUUUUUCACUGAUUGAGCUGAAGUGUGGUUUCGAUAAAGACUUCGCCAAAUUGCUUCAAAAACAUUUCGAUAAAAAACCGCUUUUGCAACGACAUAGGGUGAUUUUGCUGGAUGAAAUGAACUUGAGGAAGUCCGUGGGCGUAUCUUCAAAACAUGUCUCGGAUCAUGCAGGCGAUCCCCACCAGACUGUAUUAGACACAUGCCAUUAUAUUAUAAGAAAGCAAGAUGGCGAAGAGGUCUGUCAGUGUAUAGUGUGGUCGCACGCCCUUACGGUAUGCUAA